AUGAAACGGCCGGGAUCUACUUUGAAGGAACAUGGCGACUUUAAGAAAGGAGAUGAUUAUAAAUUGACUUGUUAUACUCUUGAGUAUGAAACCAAGGAUACUGAUAUUUUGGCAGCAUUUCGAGUAAUUCCUCAACCUGGAGUUCCGCCUGAAGAAGUAGGGGCUGUAGUAGCUGCCGAAUCUUCUACUGGUACAUGGAGAACUGUGUGGACUGAUGGACUUACGAGCCUUGAUCAUUACAAAGGGAGAUGCUAUGGAAUCGAUCCUGUUCCUGGAGAAGAAAAUCAAUAUAUUGCUUAUGUAGCUUACCCAAUUUGCUACGUAAUGGAGAUUACUAAGAAUUUCAAGCUAGUUCCUGUUUUAUUCCAUUUUGGAAUGAUAAAAAGAUAA